AUGCCCAGCGCACCCAGGCAGCGAGAGGGGGCGGCCACUCGGUUUCUCAGCCUAAUGUCCCUCGGGAUUUUCCCGGCCUCCCUGGCCGGGGUGCGGCUGUCCCUCCCUUCUCCCUCCCAGGCCCCCGGCGGCCCCGCGGUGCAGCCCGGCCCGCCUCGCCAAGGGCGCGACGCCCCGCGGCGCCGCCAGGUGGCGCCUCGCGACCACACUUGGAGCGGAGCCGCGGGCGGGGCCGGUGGGGGCCGGGGCGGGUCUGGUGCGGGAGCGGGUCCUGGGUCGGGGGAGGGUCUCAAAGCGGGUGCGAAUCGGGGGGCAGAUCCUGGGCUGCGAGUGGUCAGGGAGCGGGUCCCAGCUCGGGAAGCUGAGACGCCCCGUGGAAGAAAUACUUCAAUAAAGGGCGAGCCGCCGCCGAGCUCUGGGCGCCGAGGCGCGGGGCGCAAUCUCGGCUCAUUUUCUCUGAGCAAUACAAGUUCACGGACGAGCUACCUAGCCAGCCCUCCUCUCCCGUCAUGGACCUCCCAGGUAUUAGUUAAUAUUGGCAACCAUUUUGAUCUCGCUUCCAGUAUAUUUGUAGCGCCAAGAAAAGGGAUAUAUAGUUUCAGUUUCCACGUGGUCAAGGUCUAUAACAGACAAACCAUCCAGGUAAGUUUAAUGCAAAACGGCUACCCAGUGAUUUCAGCUUUUGCAGGGGAUCAGGACGUCACCAGAGAAGCAGCCAGCAAUGGGGUCUUGCUCCUCAUGGAAAGAGAAGACAAAGUGCAUCUCAAACUGGAAAGGGGAAACCUCAUGGGAGGGUGGAAAUAUUCAACCUUUUCUGGCUUUUUAGUCUUUCCACUAUAAAAGAAGGCCAAAUAGGAGACAGAUCCAUGAGCUGGAGCAAGGAUUCAAUCGUUAAUGACACCCUGAACUUGGCAGCACAUGACGAUAUUUUCAGUCACCCUGUCAGACUAUCACAAUAGAAGAAUUAUAACCUUCUAAACUCCAACAUUUGGUUUGAAUAUUGACAAUUCCUUGGGAACCUGCGCCUCUAAUUAGUUUUAGACAACAGUGAUCUUUAGGAGAAAUGAAAUUAUCGACCUGAGCAAUUUGUACCUGUGAUUGUAAAGUCAAUUUUGGAUUUUAUUGUUGGGAUCAUUGACUUUCUUAUUCUUUUUCAUUUUUUCCCUCUCUUUCAUUUUUUCCUCUUUUUCUUGUUGUCCCAAUGAGACAAAUAACUUGGACCACAGAAUCACUUUGGCAAAGGCUUGCUCCAGAGCCAGAAGAAUGGAGUGUUCAGCCCAAUGAGAUGUUCUUUCCAUUCUUUAUUUCUUUGUGUUGUAUAGCCUUAAGAAAAAAAAAAAAAGAAAAAAGAAAAAAGGGAAAAAAAAA